AUGGCGUUAGCAGCAUAUUUGCUAUUGAUAAUUGUUACCAUUAUAGCCCAAAAUAACAAUCUUAUCCAUGGUGCAACUGAAGGGUUCGAUGAUAUUGUUAAUCAAUUGGGCAUAGGCAAUUCUUCGAGCACUCCAAUAAACCUAAGCUACCAAAACAAUGUACUCUCACUUAUCUCAACUUUCAUCGAUGAAUCCCCACACGGAUUUUUAAAUACAUCGACAAGUUCAGCUAUUGAUAGAGCAUAUGGUUAUUAUCUUUGUCGAGGUGAUCUUAGUUCUAAAAGAUGUCGCGAUUGUUUGAAAGGAAUAAGAAAAUUUAUGGUUGAACAAAUGAUCCUUGGUUACUACUCGAAUGGUUUCGUAUACAACAUGCAUAUUCAAUGUGUUGUGCACUAUGCAAAUAGCUCGAGCUUGUUGGUGUAUAAGGAAAAUAGCUUUAUCACUGGUUCGAAUUUUGGAGACGAUUUAGUACAUUACAAGCAGUAUAAUACAACAUUGUUGAAUGCUUUCCAAGAAAUGGAAAGGCAAGGGAGAGUAGGCAAUUGGACAAAGGAUAAUUAUGCAAGCAAAGUAGUUGCAGCUGUUGAUCAGAAAAUUUACAUGUUAGUUCAAUGUAGGCCUGAUAUAUCUGCGAUCAAUUGUAGUAAAUGUAUAAGUGAUUUACAUUCUAAUUUUACGCCUUUUAAAAUUGGUGGUACAAUUCUAGGUCCUAAUUGUUUCAUCAAGUAUAACAAUGAGUCUUUCUUUGGAAAUGGAAAUCGUAGUUAUAUGCCAAGGGCAUAUGGCAAUUACACUAAAGGCAGUGUGUACAACCAAAAUCUCAACCAACUUUUCACUACCUUUUCUUCUCAAUCCUCGAAUCGAAAAUUUUAUAAUUCCACAAUCGGUUCCAAUCCAAAUCGAGUAUAUGGUCUCUAUCAAUGUCGAGAAGAUCUAAAUCUCGAUUUGUGCAAGGUGUGUAUUCAAGCAGCAACGCGCAAAAUCGUCCAAGUCUGUUCGGUUUAUGGAGAAGCAAUUGUUUGGUACGAUGAAUGUAUGUUAAGGUACGCAAAUCGUACAAUUUUCUCCGUGUAUGAGAUAAGUCCUAGGGGUUUUUUAUGGCAGCAACAAAACAUGUCGAAAGAUACACAAUUUGUUCAUGUUAUGAAUAGUAGUAUACUAAUGUGA